CUUGCCUGACUCCCCCAUCACUGUGGGCUUUUAUUUUAGCUGCAGGGAAGCAUUUGCCUUUAGAGAUUUGUGAUCUAUAAGAAACGAAGCGAAAGGCAAAGACACAGAAAAAAAUAAUCUGAUUUGUUGAAGUGAAGAGGAGCUCCAAGGAACUGUCUGUAAUUUUCACAGGUUCACCUGGAAAAACCAUGGACGUCUUCAUGGAUGAAAAUUUGAGCAUGAAUGACAACAGCAGCCAUGAAACAGCAAGACCAGAAGGAAGCAAAGGCCAAGGACUGAACCACAGUGACCCUUUGGACAUGUUUAUUGGCAUGGAGCUUCUACUGCGCUUCAAACCUCUCUUCCUGCCCCUCUACUGUCUUGUAGUGAUAGUGGCUGGAGUUGGAAACUCUUUCCUGUUGGCUUGCAUCUUGACUGACAAGAAACUCCACAAUGUCACCAACUUUUUCAUUGGUAAUUUAGCAGCUGGCGACCUGCUUAUGUGCUUGAGUUGUGUUCCACUGACUGUGUCUUAUGCCUUCGACAGCCAUGGCUGGACUUUCGGAAGAGCUCUCUGCCACUUAGUCCCCUUGCUGCAAUGUGCCACGGUGUUUGCCUCAGUGCUUUCACUCACUGCCAUUGCUGUGGACCGCUACAUCGUUGUAGCUCACCCAGUACGGAGGAGGAUCUCUGUGUGGGGUUGUGGUGCAGUGACAUUAGGUGUUUGGCUUUUAUCAUUGGUCCUGGCUGCACCUCCAUCUUUCUACACACGCUAUCUGGACCUACAGCCCAGUGGCAUUGACCUGGUGGUGUGUGAGGAAUUCUGGCCCAAUAGCGGUAAUCUGCGUCUGAUUUACUCCUGCUUCAUACUAAUAACUUCCUAUAUGAUCCCACUGCUGUCCGUCAGCAUAUCCUACUGUGCCAUCACUGUCAGUCUAAAACGCUAUUCGGUGCCUGGGGAGCUAUCAAGCAGUCAGCAACGCUGGAGUCAAAGAAGAAAGAAGACCUUCUCUCUUCUGGUGGCUUCCGUCCUGGCAUUCGCCCUCUGCUGGCUUCCUCUCCAGGUACUAAACCUGUUGCUGGACCUGGACUCGGACUUCAUCAUCAUAGGGAAGCGCUACAUAAAUGUCUUACAAGUUUGCUGUCAUUUAGUGGCUAUGAGCUCUGCUUGUUACAACCCUUUUAUCUAUGCCUCAUUGCACAGCAAGGUUCGCAUGCAUCUGAAAGGCUACCUCUGCCCAUGUCGCAACCGCCAGAAGAGAACGUCCGACCGGUCAAUGUCUAGAAGCUGAUAUUUUGGUGCACCUUCUACAGAAACCCCAUUAUUGCAGAGUACAACUUUACCCACAAGCUAACAUCUCCAUCCAAAUACUAAUGUUAAUAUAGGAGAGAGAACACCACCGCUGAUAAAUAUUAAUUCAUAUUAUCUUUCACCAUGCCUUUCCAGCAUUUUGUGAUUUUAAAACAUGUGGUCGUUUUUUUCAUGUGCCAUACCAGAUCUGCUGCUGAAUAUGGUUUCCUGUUAAGUCAAACAGGUGAAGAAGCAGAGUGAGACCAGACUGCAUAAUAUAGUGUGAUGAUGAAAAGGAAGGAAGAUUGAAGAUGGAGGCCAUCCUGAGAUAUCAGGAUGGCAGAACUGUGGGGAUUGCCAUUAAGCAGAUCCUGUAGGUUUACAAAG